UGCUCUGGCGAAAGGCCCAGGCGUCCGCAGGGAGGACGGAGCGCCGGCCGCCAGAGGGAGGCAGGCGUGGGGGUCGCCCGCCCGGGACGCGUCGCGGAACCCGUGGCUCUGUGGGUCCCGCCCGCCUUGAGGAUCGGCUCAGGGAACGGGCUUUGCGAGUGACUCGGCGUGGGCUUCUGUCGGCGUGGUUUACGGGUCAAAAGGAGAGUGACUUGAUCAUGGUACUAUAGCUAGCGUCUUUUGCGAUUUAA